UCUUUUUUGGAGAGGUAGGCAGGCUUUUUCAGAGUGUGAGAGUGGAGAGAGAGGAGACCCCAUGUGGUGCUGUGAUUUGACCAAACAAACAGCCUGGCUCAGAGCGGUACCUCCUCCAGCGGACUGCCGGGACAGCAGAGAUUAACCUCAGACUCUGAACAUCUGAGGGAUCUAUACAUCUGAAGCAGUAGCCCCUGUAGAGACAACCAGCUGGAAACCUCUCCUCUGAUUUCACAAGGUUGAGACCGACUGCUGGCCGGCAACUUCCUCGGACAGAGAGGGAAGAUUUGUCUGUGCAUCUAGGAUCACUCUGAAGAAGAAAGCGUUUGAAGACAUCCAACAUGAGGAGGGUGGCAGCGUCCACACAUCUGACAGUCACUGUUACUGUUCUGUUGUAUCUCUGCGCUGAGUUGUGUUGCCUGGAGAUCACACCCGAUGACAAAGAGCUGGUCCUGGCCGAGGGCUCUUCUCUCAACCUCACCUGCUCUGGCUCAGGGGAGACGACCUGGGAGUUUAAGAGGGAGGAUGUGCCGUAUAUCCAAGCGGAACAGGAUCAUAAUGGUGGUCAAAACUUCCAAAUUUUGCAAAUCGGCACCACCUCCAGUGUUUUGACCAUGUGGAACGUGAGCUGGAGGAACACAGGGGCGUAUCAGUGCACUGACCGGCACACUGGAGAAACUAAGGAGGUGGUCGUGUUUGUCCCAGACCCUGAUGUGUGGUUCAUAGAGAGCUCCCAUGGCAUGGUAACUAGAACCAGCGAGGAAAGCACCAUCCCCUGUGUGGUCACCAACCCAAAGAUCAGCGUCGCCCUGUAUGAGAGGGACACUGACAUGCCCAUCAGGGGACAUUAUAUUCCCAGUGAGGGGUACAAGGCACCGCUGGAGGACAGGACCUACGUGUGUCGUGGAGAGCUGAACGGGGAGGAGAAAGAGUCUCAGGACUUCAACGUUGUCAGCAUCGUCGUCCCUGAGGCCAUCGACGCCUACGUCAAUGCGUCAAAGACCGUCCUGAUACAGGGCGAACCGCUGUCAGUAAACUGCACAGUGCACGGAGUGGAGCUAGUCUUUUUUUCCUGGGAUAUCCCCAACAGAGAGAUUAUUGAGUUGAAGCCGCAGACGGAGGUCCAGCUGGCCGCCAUGAAGAUGCACUCCUACCUGAUCUUCCCCCGUGCCACGAUGGCCCACAGCGGAAACUACGUCUGCCAUGCCCUUGAUAGCGUCCUGGACCAGACUGCCUCUGCCAGCGUCAACAUCACUGUGCUCGAGCGAGGCUUCGUGGACGUGAAGACUGCUCAGCAACAAAACAUUUCAGCCAAGUUGCAAGAGAACGUGGAGCUGAGAGUUGAGAUCGAAGCCUACCCUCCCCCCCAGGUCCGCUGGAGCAAAGACGGCGCCACCAUCAAGGGAGACAAAACCAUCCCAACCAGAGACGAGCACGAGAUCAGGUAUGUCACUAUUCUCACUUUAGUGAGGGUGAGAACGGAGCAGAAAGGGCGCUACACCGUCCUCGUCUCCAACGGCGAUGAUGCAAAGGAAGUGACCUUUGACCUGGAGGUCCGAGUCCCCUCUCAGAUUAAAGACCUGAUUGACCACCACCUCCCGGGGAAGAGACACUUGGUGACCUGUGUAGCUGAGGGGGUCCCAACCCCAACCAUACAGUGGUACAGCUGUGACAGCAUGCACAAGUGUAGCAACCAGACAGCGGUGUGGCAGCCGCUGAUACCAGAGCCAGAGGAGCUGAGCAUCCAGACCAACGUGAACUACAGCGAGACUCGUAAAACCAGUCAGGUCCGCAGCCAGGUGAUCUUCCACAAGCCCCAGCAGGUCACAGUUCGCUGCGAGACCAGCAACCAGGCAGGGCUCGUCGACAGAAGAGACGUUAAACUGGUGUCCAGCACGCUGUUCUCCCAGGUGGCAGUAUUGGCUGCUGUUCUCGCCUUAGUGGUAAUCGUUAUCCUGUCUUUCAUCAUCCUCAUCGCUGUGUGGAGGAAGAAACCUCGCUAUGAGAUCAGAUGGAAGGUGAUAGAGUCUGUGAGUCAGGAUGGUCAUGAGUACAUCUAUGUGGACCCCAUCCACCUGCCCUAUGACCUGGCCUGGGAAAUGCCGCGAGACAACCUGGUGCUGGGUCGCACUCUUGGAUCAGGAGCCUUUGGCAGGGUGGUCGAGGCAACUGCAUAUGGUCUCACACAUUCCCAGUCCAGCACAAAAGUGGCAGUGAAAAUGCUGAAGUCCACAGCCAGGAGGAGUGAGACCCAGGCCCUGAUGUCAGAGCUGAAGAUCAUGAGCCACCUGGGUCCACAUCUUAACAUCGUAAACUUGCUGGGAGCUUGCACUAAACACGGCCCUUUGUACCUGGUGACUGAGUUCUGUCGCUAUGGCGACCUGGUGGACUACCUGCACAGGAACAAGCACACCUUUCUGCAGUACUACGCUGAAAAGAACCCAGACAAUGGCUGCCUCAUCUCAAGAGGAAGCACUCCACUCAGCCAGAGGAAAGGUUAUGUGUCUUUCGGAAGUGAGAGUGAUGGAGGAUACAUGGACAUGAGUAAAGACGAGCCCUCAGUCUACGUGCCCAUGCAGGAGCAAAUGGAUACCAUCAAGUAUGCAGAUAUCCAGCCCUCUCCAUACGAGUCCCCCUACCAGCAAGACAUCUAUCAGGAACAAGGUGGUGGCAGAUUGGACCUGGUCAUCAGUGACUCCUCCACUCUCACCUACGAUGAUCUGUUGGGCUUUAGCUACCAAGUGGCAAAGGGGAUGGAGUUCCUCGCCUCCAAGAAUUGUGUACAUCGAGACCUCGCUGCGAGGAACGUCUUGAUCUGUGAGGGCAAACUGGUGAAGAUCUGUGACUUCGGCCUGGCCAGAGACAUCAUGCAUGACUCCAACUACAUCUCUAAAGGCAGCACCUUCCUGCCUCUGAAGUGGAUGGCACCAGAAAGUAUUUUUCAUAAUUUGUACACCACCCUGAGCGAUGUUUGGUCAUACGGCAUUCUUCUUUGGGAGAUUUUCACAUUGGGAGGAACCCCCUACCCUGAUUUGCCCAUGAACGAGUUAUUCUACAGCGCUUUGAAGAGAGGCUACCGAAUGACCAAACCCGCCCACGCCUCUGAUGAAGUUUAUGACAUCAUGAAGAAGUGCUGGGAUGAAAAGUUCGAGAAGAGGCCUGAGUUCUCAUUUUUGGUGCACAGUGUGGGGAACAUGCUGACAGACAGCUAUAAAAAGAGAUACAACCAAGUCAGCGACAACUUCAUGAAGAGCGACCACCCGGCAGUCACUCGCACCAAACCCAGACUCUCAUCACCCUUUCCGAUCGCCAAUCCAUCAUUUGGCUCCCCCUCGUCCGUCACCCUCUCCUUCCCCCCGGACCCCUACAACCAGAGCCCGAGCCCAGGAGAAUUCAGACAAGAGGCAGACACGCAGGAAGUUAUAACUUCAUACAACGAGUACAUCAUCCCCAUCCCAGACCCCAAGCCGGAGGAGGUUUUCACUGACGAGCCAUCAGAAAGCCCUGCAAGUUCUCUGGCUCUGGAGGAGGAGACGGACUCCAUGUCUCAGGACACGGCUGACACUCUUCCAGAGGAGGACAGGCUGGAGGAGACCAGUGAAAGAGACGCUCUGCUGGGCUCCUCCGGGACGCCGGAGGUAGAGGACAGCUUCCUGUAGUCACACGUAGGAACCCUGACAAACCAGAGCCCUUU